CCCUAGAAGUGGGAAGGCUUUCUUUUUUUCGCUCAGACAUGGGAACACCACAGAAGGAUGUUGUUAUCAAGCCAGAUGCACCUGGCACCCUAUUAGUGGAGAAACAUGCAGAUUAUAUUGCAUCGUAUGGCUCAAAGAAAGAUGAUUAUGAAUACUGUAUGUCUGAGUAUUUGAGAAUGAGUGGCAUCUAUUGGGGUCUGACAGUAAUGGAUCUCAUGGGACAACUUCAUCGCAUGAAUAGAGAGGAAAUUCUAACAUUUAUUAAAUCAUGCCAACAUGAGUGUGGUGGAAUAAGUGCGAGUAUUGGACAUGAUCCUCAUCUUUUGUACACUCUUAGUGCUGUCCAGAUUCUUACUCUGUAUGAUAGUAUUAAUGUUAUUGACGUAAAUAAAGUUGUGGAAUAUGUUCAAAGUCUACAGAAAGAAGAUGGGUCUUUUGCUGGAGACAUCUGGGGGGAAAUUGAUACAAGAUUUUCUUUCUGUGCGGUGGCAACUCUGGCUCUAUUGGGGAAACUGGAUGCUAUUAAUGUGGAAAAGGCAAUCGAUUUUGUGUUGUCCUGUAUGAACUUUGAUGGUGGAUUUGGUUGCAGACCGGGUUCUGAGUCCCAUGCUGGGCAGAUCUAUUGUUGCACAGGAUUCCUGGCUAUUACUAGUCAGUUGCAUCAAGUAAAUUCUGAUUUACUGGGUUGGUGGCUUUGUGAGCGACAGUUACCAUCAGGUGGACUCAAUGGAAGGCCAGAGAAGUUACCAGAUGUAUGCUAUUCAUGGUGGGUGUUGGCUUCCCUAAAGAUAAUUGGAAGGCUUCAUUGGAUUGAUGGAGAGAAACUGCGUAGUUUCAUUUUGGCAUGUCAAGAUGAAGAAACUGGAGGAUUUGCAGACAGGCCAGGAGAUAUGGUGGAUCCCUUUCAUACUUUAUUUGGAAUUGCUGGACUGUCACUUUUGGGGGAAGAACAGAUUAAACCUGUUAGUCCUGUUUUUUGCAUGCCUGAAGAAGUGCUUCGGAGGGUGAAUGUUCAGCCUGAAUUAGUGGGCUAGAUUCGUUGGUGCAAACAUUGCCUAAUAUAAUUUUGCCAUCUUAAUAUUCUGUAUUUGAAGUGCUUAUCAAAUCUUUAAAUGUCUACUCUAAAUCUGUUAAUAUUUUGUAUAUGAAUUAUGUUAAAUUAGUCUUAAUUAGUUAUGUAAAAUUAUACAUAUUGUAAAAUAAAGACCUAUCUUUAGAUUUUUCUUGAUAAUGUAUUCUGAGUACAAUUUUUUUGCUUAUGUUUGUGUGGUUUUGUUUGUUUUUGUCAUAAAGCAAACUUACUAUGGUAGUUUAACCAUAAGUUCUUGAUUCUUUCCCAAGUAUUUCCUUCAGACAUUGCAUAAUGGUGUAAAUUUUGUGUCAGCAAAAAUGUUAAAUAUUUGUCGUAUAUUAAAGAUGCAAAAAAAUAAA